AUGUCGUCCGAGCUGGCCGAAGAGAUGAGAGCAGCGAAAGAGGCCUUUUUGAGAGCUCUGAUUGCCGCGAGGGCAGAGACGGACAAAUGGAAGAUCGUGCGAGAUAUUCUGGAUGCCGGGUACGAGUUUGGACGGUUGAGGGCUCUCGACGAACAGCUAGCAAACGAUGAAUGGACGGCUGAAGAUGGGGAGCAAUUGAAAGAGAACUUUCCAGAAGCCGUGAAACAAGUCGGCGCCAACUACAAUCCGAUGGUCGGUAGCAUGGAGCUGGAAGAUCUCUUCAGAGCGAAACGAUACUGUUCCGCCGUCACAUUUAUCGACGACGACAUAAAAUUGAUCUACGAUUCUUUGGAAGAAGACGAAUCGAUUCGAGAAGCGGUCACCAAUGAUUGGAGAGGGGUGUACGCGAUGAGAGCUCAAUUGUUAUAUCUGAUGGAUGAAUGGAAAACGGAUGGAUGGUAUCGAAAAGUGGAUCGAGACGAGGAGCCAAACAAGGAAGGAGUCCCAGACAGUCAUUAUUGGUGG